CUUUUUCUUUUUGUUGCUAUUCAUUAACAAUUACCAAACAAACAAACAGAAAAAUGAUGGAAAAAUAGAGACAAAGCUGAGAUCUUUUGGUUGUAUUCUUAGAUUCUCACUUAUUUUGUUUCUUUCUUUUGGUGUUCUUUUUUUUUUCUUUUAUUUUUUUGCUUCAUUCAUAGUACUAGAAAAAAAAAAUAAAAAAAAAGGACUCUCCAAAGACCAAAUCUUUGUCUGCCUUGACAAAACAUUGUCGGAAUAUUCUGUCCUAAACCUAAAGUCAUUGUCUCAUAUCGUUUCUUGAAUCUUGAUUGAAAGCUAAGUUUCUGGGACACUUCCCUAAAAACUCGUUGCUUCAAAACCCGGCAAUCUCCCCAUUGCUCUACGCAGUGCCAAUACAAUCAUUUGGACCCUUCAGCUUCUCCUUCUUCUUCUCUCUAUAUUAGCUCAAAAUGUGCGUAUCUGUCCUUCUGGGCUAAGCUGAUUGUUGACAGAUCUUGAAACCACAAUGGGGUUGUUUAGGAAGCUCUUUUUUAGAAAGCCGCCUGAUGGACUUUUGGAGAUCUCUGAAAGGGUUUACGUUUUUGAUUGCUGCUUUUCCACGGACAUACGGGAAGAAAAGGAAUAUAGAGUCUACAUCGAAAACAUAGUGUGUAAACUCCGUGAUCAUUUUACUGAUGCUUCAUUCAUGGUGUUCAACUUCCGAGAAGGAGAGUACCAAAGUCAAAUUGCUAGCAUAUUGUCCGAGUACGAUAUGACUGUAAUGGACUAUCCUCGUCAAUAUGAAGGUUGCCCAUUACUCACGACGGAGCUGAUCCAUCAUUUCCUGAAAUCAAGUGAAAACUGGUUCUCACUCGGGCAACAAAAUAUAAUCUUAAUGCAUAGUGAACGAGGUGGGUUGCCAGUUUUGGCGUUUAUGCUUACUGCUCUUUUACUAUAUCGAAAGCAGUAUUCCGGGGAGCAGAAAACAUUAGAAAUGAUCUAUAAGCAAGCACCUCGUGAGCUUUUGCAUUUGACAUCUCCCCUGAAUCCACUACCCUCCCAACUAAGGUACCUCCAGUAUGUCUCUCGGAGAAAUGUGGGCUCAGAAUGGCCUCCAUCAGAUAAGGCACUUACAUUGGACUGUAUUAUUCUAAGAUGUAUUCCUAAUAUGGAUGGUGAGGGGGGCUGCCGUCUGAUAUUUAGGAUAUAUGGACAGGAUCCUUUUAUGGCUGCUGAUAGGACCCCCAAAGUUCUGUUCUCUACGCCGAAGAAUAGUAAAUUUGUUCAGUAUUACAAGCAAGCGGACUGUGAACUAGUUAAAAUCAACAUCCGUUGCCAUGUUGUGGGUGAUGUUGUGCUUGAAUGUAUUAGUCUGGAUAGCAAUCUGGAGCGGGAAUUAAUGGUGUUCAGGAUCAUGUUCAAUACAGCCUUUAUAAGAUCAAACAUUUUGAUGCUUAACCGUGAUGAAAUUGACAUCUUAUGGAAUACUAAGGACCAAUUUCCAAAGGACUUCAGUGCAGAGGUCAUUUUCUCAGAUAUAGAUGUUGCACCUUCUGCCAUUUCAAUUGAUUUUCCGGAUAUUGAGGAGAAAAAUGGCCUUUCCAUUGAUGAUUUUGCUAAAGUUCAAGAAAUUUUCAGCAGAGUUGAUUAUACAGAUGUAGCAAAUAUGCUACAAGAAAAUUUGAAGACAGGUUGUCCCAAGAGUAAGGAAAUAGCCAGUGUCUUGCAUGAUGAUAAAGUCGAGGAGAAAUCUAACUCGGAGGCACCAGAACACGUUACUACAAGUCCAACGUCCGAUGCUUUGGAGAAACAAUCUAUAUGCUCUUUUCAAUCAUCAGAUGCAAAUUCAACUAGAACGAAGUUUGAACCAGAAGAAAUCCAGGUUGCUCCUCAAAUGGCUACACAGCAUUCACCCUCUGCUGUGCCUUCUUCAGAUUCAAGCUCAACUGAAGGGAAAACCGAAUCACAAGAACUUCAAGUUGCUCUUCAAGAAGCAGAACUUACCAAUCCAAGUAGAAGGAAUGUUGAAAUUCAAGAAAUUCAAGUUUCUUCACAACAACCUGCACAAUCUACAUCGACUUUCACUCCUGUCCUGGAUGUAAAUUCAAUCAGAAAGAAAACUGAACCCCAAGAACUUCAGGUUGCCGUGCAAAGGCCUGCACAACCUAAGAUUAUAUCCCAGCGAGGACCUCAGUCUUCAAUCUCUUCUCCAGUUUCAUAUUGCAAUUCCUUGCCAGGUUCACCUGCUCCAAUAUCAAGAUACCGUAGUCCACCUUCAGCUCUUGGCAUUACAGCUCUAUUGCAUGAUCAUGAUGCAUCUGAAAGUGAAGAUCACAGUCAUCCUGUGGCAUCAUCUUUAUCUUCCUCAUCAGUUUCAAGUCAUUUAUCAAAUACACCUAAGCAUCUGCAACUUACUCGUGCAAUUGCUUCACCUGGUCAGUCAUCAUUUGUUCCUCCUCCUCCUCCUCCAUUGCCCUCUUUUUCAGGAGCAUCUCCUGCUUAUCAACCCCCUCCUUCUCUGGAGGUAUCUCCUCCUUCAGUGAAGAGUUCAUUCCAGUCUCCCCCCCAUCCUCCCCCUCCUCUACAUUCCUUUUCUAGGGAAUCUCCAUCUCCCUUGGUUAAGAAUUCACUUCAAUCUCUUCCUCCCUCCUCGAGUGCAUCUUUAGCUCCCAAAGUCGAGAACUUGUUCCGGUCUCCCCCUCCCCCACCACCACUCCCUCCAUCCUCAGCUACAUCUCCAUCUUCUUCUGUAAAGAAUUCGUUUUCAGCUCCCCCUCCCCCUCCCCCUCCCCCACUCCCUCCUUUCUCAGCUAUAUCUCCAUCUUUUACCGUAAAGAAUUCAUCUUCAGCUCCCCCUCCUCCUCCACCACUCCCUAACGUGGCUUCCUCAACCACCUGCCCCAAUUCAUGUUCACCACAGAUUCGGACAUCUGGACCUCCUCCACCACCUGCACCUCCCCCACAGUCUGGAUCUAUCUCAGAUCCUACUAGUAAAUCCUCAGUGCCACGGCCAUCACCUCCUCCUCCUCCUAGUCUUGCUGCGAAGGGUCCUUCACCAAAUAACUCUGCUCAUGUUCCACCUGUGCCACCUCCUCCAGCUCCUUGUGCCAAAGGAUUAUCUAAAGCAGGUGACACCUCUCCACAGUUACAUUCAGUAAGCAAUGGCAAUAUACCUUCAAUUCCAGGACAACCUUCUGCUGCUCCUUUGAAUUUGAAGGGACGGGGCAUAUCACGCAUAGGUCCUAAAAGUCUGGCUCAACCUAGAAAAAACAACUUGAAGCCAUAUCAUUGGUUGAAGUUGACGAGGGCGAUGCAAGGAAGCUUAUGGGCUGAGGCACAAAAACCUGAAGAAGCUUCCAAGGCUCCGGAAAUUGACAUGUCAGAACUUGAGAGUCUUUUCUCUGCAGCCGCACCUAAUUCAGAUAAUGCUAGCAGGGAUGGGAAAUCAAAUCGAGGUGCUUCAGGCCGUAAACCUGAGAAAGUCCAGCUGAUUGAGCUUAGGCGGGCAUAUAAUUGUGAAAUCAUGCUCACAAAAGUCAAAAUUCCUUUGCCUGAUUUGACGAGUUCGGUACUUACCUUGGAUGAUACAACACUAGAUUCCGAUCAGCUUGAGAACCUUAUUAAGUUUUGUCCUACUAAAGAAGAGACUGAAUUACUCAAGGGUUAUAAUGGAGAUAAGGAGAAGUUGGGAAAAUGUGAACAAUUUUUCCUAGAGUUGAUAAAAGUGCCACGAGUAGAGUCAAAGCUAAGAGUUUUCUUAUUCAAGAUACAAUUUUCUUCCCAGGUUUCUGACCUUAGAAAUGGUUUGAAUAUCAUAAACUCUACAGCUGAAGAGGUGAGGAAUUCGGUCAAAUUGAAAAGGAUCAUGCAAACUAUUCUUUAUCUGGGAAAUGCAUUGAACAAGGGCACUGCAAGGGGUUCUGCUGUUGGUUUUCGAUUGGAUAGUCUCCUGAAACUCACUGAGACACGAGCUCGGAACAACAAGAUGACUCUCAUGCAUUAUCUUUGCAAGGUCCUGAAUGAAAAGUCGCCAGAAUUACUAGAAUUUCCAAAAGACCUUGUAACUUUGGAAGCUUCAACGAAGAUACAAUUGAAAUGUUUAGCAGAGGAAAUGCAAGCCAUUAGUAAAGGAUUGGAGAAAGUUGUACAAGAACUGACUGCCUCAGAAAAUGAUGGUCCAGUGUCUGAAACAUUUUGUUGGACUUUAAAGGAGUUCCUUGGUUUUGCUGAAAGUGAAGUCAGGUCUUUGGCUUUGCUUUAUUCUAGUGUGGGUAGAAAUGCAGAUGCCUUGGCUCUUUAUUUUGGAGAAGAUCCGGCACGGUGCCCAUUUGAGCAAGUUGUGUCCACUCUGCUCAAUUUUGUGAGGAUGUUUGUCCGAGCACACGAGGAAAACUGCAAGCAGCUUGAAUUGGAAAAGAAGAAAGCACAGAAAGAGGCAGAUAAUGAGAAGCUGAAAGUUAGUACUCCGACAAAGAAGUCUGAACACUUGAAAUGAUGUCCAAUGAAAGUGCCAAUAUUUGAUGAUCGGUGCUUAUAGGAUCCAUAUUCCUGUCGAUUUACAUUACAUUCUACUGCUCCCAUAUGAAAUAAGACAAUUUUGCUCCAUGGAGAAUAAACUCUUGGAAGCUCAUAGCACGAAUUACAGCCUUUCAUGUCGUGGAGAAGAAUGUAUCAUGUGUAAUAAGACAGCAAGAAUAAGGGGUUGUAUUGAUUAAAACGCAGGCGGGUCCAACUACUAAAUUCAAAUGGUAAGCUAUUGUAGAUGCAUUCAGCUGCAGUUUCCGUCCACAAGUAGAGCUGAUGGAUGGAAUUCAUUAGGUCCUCCAGAGCCUCUUGUAGGAUGCGUAAAUUUUUUUGUUGUAAAAUAUAGGAAUACAUACAAUACCUGAUAGCUUGUGCUCUUUUCAAUAUUUUGUGUAAAAAUUUUAGUUAUAGGAAUCUAAAUGUCAAUGUGAUAUGAGCUUAAUAUCACGAGAUGAUUAGCCAGUGAUCAAAAUUUCUCAUCCUGAAUUGUACUGCACUUGUUUCUAUUAUUCUCAUGAUCUCUUUGGGUC